UUAUUAAUUUUUUCUAAAUAAUUUUAUCAGAUAUGAAAUUCAGUAGAUGCAAUAGAAUGUCACAACAAAAUUGGGGUAUAGUGCAACAAACAAACAGUAGCAAGGACAAAAUGGGAAGAGUAAAAAAGUAAAUCGAAGGUCAUCUCUUUCUCUCCUCUCAAUUCUCUCCCAAAACCCAAACAAAAUCUAGUAUAGUAAUUUAUCAGUCCAUCAAUCCCCAUUAAUCUGUAAUAGUCACCGGAAAAUCAUGGCGGCGGUCGCAGCAACCGGAGGGAGCAUUAACGCCACCAGAGAAGCGCGUCGCCGCCGCAUCGUCGAGCGGGGAUCCGACCGCUUGGCGCUUAUCACCGGUCGCAUCCAAUCACUGCCCUCCGAGCCCGACGAAUCCCCAAAACCGGCGAAUCUCUCCGGUCAAAAACCCGCAGAUUCUGCUGUACACAAAGAUUUAGUCUCCGAUUCAUCAUUAACAAAUCAAGAAUCUCGCAGAGAAUCUAUUCACCGUGAUAUCUUAGAAGAGACAAAAGAUCCUUUGCCACCAAGAGCCCCACUUAGGGUCAACGAAGAACUAUCUCAAAUAUCAUCAUCCAUGGCAAGUACUGAGCAGAACCAGCAACUCGAUCAGAACCGUGUCAACUCAUUCACAAGCGGUAAAAUUAAUGACGCAAUUUCAGCUUCGGAGAAAAUUCGUAUGUAUUCUAAUAUAGCAGUUGCGAUUUUAGUGAUCUUUUCGUAUAUGCAAUUCCCUGUUCUGGGCUGCAGUAGUAUAAGGAGCAUCUUGAUUUUCAGACCAGUUUAUCUGCUUUUCUUGACGAAUGUAUCGAUUGUGGUUGCACGUCUUUUUUUGGGAAUACAAGGAGCAGAGAUAAGGAAUAGACAGAGGAGUAGUGGCGUACUUUCGUUUAUUGGAAAAUUUCUGAUUGGCCAAAUGGGGAAAUCUGUUGAGUCGGUUUUGCUUUUGCAGAACAUUUUGAGAGCAUUGUUUAUGGACUUUAGCAUCUAUGCGGUUGUGCUCGUUUGUGGCCUCUCUCUAAUGCAAAGACUAGGUUUUUAUUUAUAGAGAAAGGUGUUAGACCGUUUUGUUUUGAGUUAAUGUAUCUGAUUAAUUUGAAAUAAGACUUUCCUUGUUUGUUUCCGGAUAAUUAUACGAACAAUUUAUCAAUUAUCAAGGGAUGUUUGAUUCGCUA